UUUCGAUACAAACUGGGCUCAAAGACGCUCCGCUCCGGUUCGGUUCGCUCCGCUCCGGUUCGCUCCGCUCCGGUUCGGUCCGGUCCGGCUCGGCUCGGUCCGCAGGGGAGAGACGGUGAAUCAUGGUGAAGUGCGUCGUGUCCGCGUGUCCCAACCGGCUGCUCGGCGUCCAGCGGGGCCUCGUCCAGCGACCAGCGAAGAGGUUCUUCAGCUUCCCCGAGGAUCCGGCGCGGGUCCAGGUGUGGCUGGCGGCGCUGAGGGAGUCGGGCGGUCGGGACACGACGACGGAGCAGCAGCUGAUCUGCGAGGACCACUUCCUGCCGGAGGACGUCUCCUCCGGCGGGGUCGGCGCCGACGCCAUUCCCAUCAUGCCCCCGUGUCUGGACGGGCCGCCGGGCAUGAUGGGAACCUGGGGCGCCGAGUCGUCCGAGGAAGAGGAAGGUGACGACGACGAAGCUGUCGACGAGGAAGGUGACGGGCCGCCGCCGCCUGCGGUGAAUCCUCCUCAGCAGGAGAAAACCUCAGAGGCCGAGAAGACGAGCGUCGUCCUGCGUCGGAGCAGGAGAGCAGACAAACAGGACUCGUGCCUGGCCGCUCUGAUGGAGCGUUUCCUGGAGCUGCUGCUGGCGGCGCCGGGCGGCUCGCUGCACCUCGGCCAGGCGGUGACGAGGCUGCGGACCUGCAGGCGGCGGGUGGACGACGUCGCCGGCAUCCUGCGCAGCGUCCAGCUGCUCGAGGAGCAGCCGGGCGACCGGGUCAAGUGGAUAGGCGAGCGUCCGAUCGGCAGCUUCCUGUGGAGGAACCGCCAGAAGCUGCGGAGGAACCUGGAGAACCUGAAGGUGAUGGAGGACACGCUGGACUCGCUCAUCAAGAGCUGCUCGGAGCAGCUGUUCGUCAUGACGGACGACCGGCAGAACUCCACGUCGGCCUACGUGACCCACGACGACCUCGGACGACUCCGCUGCUUCCAGGGGCAGACGGCGAUCGUCGUCAAGGCUCCGGAGGAAACGGCGCUCAGCGUUCCGGCUCCCACAGAGGACAGAAUCCAGGUCCACCUGAAGGGGGCGGGGCCCAUUCUGGUGCUGACCUGUGACAUCGGGAGCGAACACUUCAUCACACUGGAGGACAGUUGGAUAAAGACGACCACGCUGCACACGGGUAAAAAAAAUGAGUCGUCGAGGUCAUAGCGAGCUGUGCAGAGCCACCGGCUGACCACCAGGAGGCGCCAGCUGACCAGGAGCUGACCGUCAGGAGGCGCCCUUUUGACCAGGAGCUGACCACCAGGAGCUGACCACCAGGAGGCGCCGGCUGACCAGGAGCUGACCACCAGGAGGCGCCGGCUGACCAGGAGCUGACCACCAGGAGCUGACCACCAGGAGGCGCCGGCUGACCAGGAGCUGACCACCAGGAGGCGCCCGUUUGACCAGGAGCUGACCACCAGGAGCUGACCACCAGGAGGCGCCGGCUGACCAGGAGCUGACCACCAGGAGGCGCCGGCUGACCAGGAGCUGACCACCAGGAGGCGCCGGCUGACCAGGAGCUGACGUCACUGGAACUUUGAACCGUACGGCUGAAUCAUAAACCAAAAGUCAUGAAAUCCAAACUGAUCAGGGACAGAAAGACAUUUUGACGUCGACAUGAAGAAUUUGCACCAAUAAAACUUUUUUUUAAAUAUUCGACGGUCGACGUUUCCAAGAUCCUGCAGAGGAAACAAGGUAAAUAGUGAAAGUGAAGAAAACGAAGUCUGGAGCUGCGUCUCAGUGACACCAGAGGAUUUGUAUUUCCUGUAAAAAUGCUUAUUUACUUCUUUGUAUUUGAUGUUUUGACUUUUCAGUUUUUUGUGUUUUGGAUAUAAAAAUGUUUUCACACCUCAAAGUUGCUGGAAUGUAAAACUACAUGACGUUCUGCUCACGUAACGACAGCACCCCCCGGUGGACGGACGUCGCCACUGCACCAGCUCUGCUCCACUAACUGAAUGAAUGAGGCAGCGUUCACAGCUCAGCGAGUCCUGCAGGUUAUAAUAUUAAUAUUCUUAUUAUUCUUAUUAUCGUGAUUGUUUUUUAAAUCGUCCGUGUGUUUCCUCUCUGGACGCGUGGACACUGAGUGACUCUGUUUCCAGUCAGCUCGUCAACUCACCACACACUUUAUGCACAGGUCAAAAUAACACGACUAAACAUUCAAACUCUUUUUUUUUUUUUUUAAAUCAUGUAAUUGCACAAUAAAACCAAUUCCUCUCUGA